AACACAAUUAAGUGUGCUCUGCUCAAGAUCUUUAGCACAUAUAAAAAAAUAAGUAAACGCUUGAGAGAUUGCACUACAAAAUGAUAUGAAAUUUAUGCAACAAUAUUUCAUUUCCACGAAUGAUAUAAAUUGCCUUUCGCCUUUAAAUUACCAAUUCUUUAAAUAUAUUAGAAAGAAGUUCUAUCUUACACGCAGUGUGCCGCUGUUUACACGAUCUCUAUAAAAAAAAAAAAAAAAGAAUUCAAUUAAUUGGACAGACAAGCUUGAAAAAGUUUUCGCUGCAAUAAGCUCAUCAAUUAAGAGCAGAAAAUUUUUAUCUCACCACGAAACCAAGGAAAGCUUAUUGGAUUACAACAAAUCUAUGUACACAUAGGCAGAGGUGUAUGAUAAGGGGUCUUAACGGAUAUAGAAAUUGCAGAAAUGUAAAAGGGAAAUGAAGUCGUCCAUAGAUAAGUUAACAUGAAACCAGAUGUAAAUGAAGAAUUUCUAGAGUCACGUUUUAUCUGUUGUGCCCACACACAUUCAAAUUAAACACUUAAUUGCGACUUAUGGUUCUUCAAAAUCAUAAUACCAUUGCGGCUCUUACUAUAAAUUCCACAAACACUGUUAAUAACACUAGCAGGGGCAGCACUCUCAUCACUGGCUUAUCAUCAACGAUGUCAACCAAUAGAAUGAAUCAUCAGAGACCAGUGGUUGAUUUAUUGGUUGCGAUCAUAGCCGUGCCCGUAUUAAUAUUAUGUGCCCUACAAUUGGAGAAGAAUCUUCACGAUAUGGCCAAUAGUCCAGAAAGUAGAUGGCUUGUCUUCGCCUUAGGCAUUGGCAUGUUAAUAGUGAGUGUCAUCAUAUGCGGCUAUGUAACGCAUCGUAUGGGUGUUUGUAUUUGGGCAGGACCCAUAGAUGAGACAGCAAGUCAUCGUUCAAGUCAUGGACGUAAUAUGCGACACAUAAAUUCCCAAAAUGAUAUUUUGCGUAUUGUGGACAGUUUGCCGCCGAGCUAUGAUAGUGUAGUUAAAUUCGAUAUACCACCACCGCCUUACGACUGUUUAAUGAUUGAUAUUGAACAAAGCAAAGAUCAAUCAGAAUCCACGCAAAAACCUUCAGUCUCUUCCAAUAGUCUACCUACCACUCUGCAUAUUUAAAAAAAAAAAAAAAAAAAAAAAACAAUUCUCCAAAGCUGCUCAUAGGAGAGAGAUUCUAAAGAUAUUGAAAUAAUUUUGUCUAACAAAAUGUUUCAUUAGUGCGUGUGUGUUUUAAUGAAAAAUCUGCAUUUACGUACAAAGAUAAAUGAUGAAAGAAUUCUUUACACUAUUAUUAUUAUUCAUCAAUGAGUUCUACAUACACACCAAUGUAAAAGCUCUUUAUUCGCGGGGUACAUGUGCCGCGAAUACAGAAACCGUGAAUACGGAAUGUUAAUUUAUAUGGGAGUACACAGGGAAUACGUUCCCAGGUGACAAAAUAAAAAAAAAUCAAACAUAUAUAAAAAUAUACUUUAUUCAUUGAGUGAUACGGUUGCUUUCAUUCGGUUUGUUUACAUUCUCAAAAACACCGAUCGCGGAAAUUUAUAGCCGCGAAUAUAGGAAUUGGGUCGCAUUUUU